AUGCGAGGGAGCCUCAUUUUAAUUGAGGGAUUGGAUCGGGCGGGUAAGCUGACCCAGUGUGAGCGGCUUAGCCAGCGACUUCAAGGUGACAUUAUCAAAUUUCCUGAUCGGCUGACACCGGUGGGACAGCUCCUCGAUCGGUACCUCACUGAUGCUAGUUUCAAUUUACCUGAUGAAACCGUCCACCUCUUGUUUCUGGCUAACCGGUGGGAAGUGGUUGCUCAAUUGGAAGACAAACUUUUGAAGGGAAAACACAUCAUUAUGGACCGUUACAUUUAUCUGGGCAUUGCUUACUCAUUAGCUAAGAGGACUACCCCGAGAAUUCUGAACCUGCAAUGGCUCUACGCUCCUGAUCGGGGGCUUCCCAAACCGGAUAUAACGUUGUUCCUCACUUUGGACUUGGAGGAACAAGCUAACCGUAAAGGAUGGGGCGAUGAGCGUUAUGAAAAGGCACCGUUCCAAGCUAAAGUUAAGGAGAACUUUGAUCAAUUAUUCAGUGCUAACUCCAUAAUCGAUAAUGGCGUGGUGGAAGUGAUUGACGUUAACCAUAAAUCAAUUGACGAAGUGACUGAUGCCAUUUGGAAUAAAGUCACUACUAACGGAGCUGACAAACCCACUGAUGCCCCUAUCCUGCGCUUCGCUCUCCAAUAG